CUUACUUUUGGAGAACUCAUUUAAUCAAGCAUAUCAUUGGAGAAUUUACUUUACUGCUUUUUCAUCAGAUGCCAAAGCAAAAUCCCAGAGAACUGAAUCCUUACAUGAGGAACAAUGGAAGUGGCUAUCCUGAAGAUGAAGAGCAAAUAAAGUCCAGCAAGGAUCAACUUUUGUCAUCUUCUGUAGUGGGGGAUGGUGGAGCAAGCUGGAGAAUGAAGGCUUUGAAGCGUGCGCAGGAGCAAGCAACACGUGAAGGGCGAAAUGUUAAAGAGGUUGUUCAAGAAAGGUGGGGAUCUCUUGGUCAUCUUGCAGCAUCUGUGGCAUCUCAGAGUGCUGCUGCUCCUCGUGCUCAUUUGCCUGCUAUAAAUUCUCGAAGGAUGGGAGCAUGUGGGGAAGCGAAACCAGGCUCAAACAAUAAAAGUAGAAGGGGUAAUAAAAAGGUGAGUUGUUAAUUAACACAUGUUACUGACUAACUCAUUGCCUAGUCUUAACGUUGAUUACGAGUUUCUUUAUAUAUUCUGUUAGUCAUACCACUGUAUGAUGGACUGCUAGCAACAACACAUAACAGAAUAAUAAUACUAGUUUGCAGAACAAAAUAAAGAGAAAGAUGGAA